AUGUCUAGUUGUAAGCAUAUUGAUCUGGUGUUGGCGGAUGAUCUGGAGAGGGAUCGGUUUCUAGGCGAGUACGCUGCGGUCAAGCGGUUUGUGUUGCGGGCGAGUACCAGGGACAAGCUGCAAUGUGGGAUGACGUGCCACACGUGUAGGGAGGUGUGUCGCGGUGCGACUUUUAUCUGCCUCUCGGGGGGUUGCACGUACGUCGGGUGUUGGAACGGCGGCCACUUCCAAGAACAUACCCAGGGGGGCCACCGUCUUGGGGUCAACGCACAGAACGGACUCGUGUUCUGUUUCGAGUGUGUUGACUACGUUGCCGGUUGCGAGACGCUCGAUAUAGCCGGGGUGCCCUGGGACAGUGCGAUGUCGAAACAAGUCUCGCUGCCAACGAGUCUCCGGAGGGAUGGGCUGUACGGGCUGCUCAACCUCGGGUCUACGUGCUUUAUGAGCAGUAUCCUACAAUCACUGAUCCACAACACGUACAUCCAGUAUUGGUUUCUGAAUAGCGGGCACGCGCGGCGCUGCGCACUGCGCGACCCGAGCAGUUGCAUCUCGUGUGCAUUGGAUAGAAUUAUCAGCGAGUGUUAUGGGUCGCUCAGCGAACGUAACGACCACGCAGGGUUCCUCUCACUGCUCACUUGCUCGUGGAAGAUCAACCAGAACUUCGCUGGAUACUCGCAGCAGGACGCUCACGAGUUCUUGCAGUUCCUGUUGAACCAGCUGCAUUGCGACUACAAACGUGAGCGGCAAGUGGACGAGGACAAAGAGGUGAGAUCUUCUUCCUCCCAGCUGUGCCACUGCAUUGUGCAUUCGUCGUUCCAGGGUACACUGCGAAGCUCGAUAGUAUGUCCCGAGUGCCAGGACGACUCGAAGACGAUGUUGGACCCGUUCCUGGACUUGUCGCUAGACAUCAAGGGACAGAGGACGCUGUACGACUGUCUGGACAGUUUCCACAGGCGCGAGCAACUCCACGACUUCGAUUAUCAUUGUCCGCGGUGCCAGACUUCACGGGACCCAAUCAAGCAACUGACGAUCGAGCGGCUCGCGCCGACACUCGUGCUACAAUUGAAACGGUUCGAGCACCUCACGAGCGGGCAGAAUGUCAAGCUGAACGACCCGGUCCAGUUCCCCCUGCAUCUUGACAUGAGCCGGUACUGCACUGGUGGUGAACCCACGACAAGCAUCGUGUACCGGCUCUCCGGGGUCGUGUCGCACAGCGGAACCGUCAACGAGGGCCACUACACCGCCGUGCUGCAGUUGAACUCCGGAGAGUGGUUCAAGUUCAACGACUCGAUGAUCUCGGUCGUGUCUGCAGAGGACGUGCUGCGGGAACAGGCGUACCUGCUGCUGUACACCGUGGAGCAAGUCGCCGCGACAGCGUAG